AUGUUGUAUGCAAAAUUAUAAUCAUAUGUAGGAGAGGAAUUCCUAAUAAAGACACUUCCAGCUAGUCUCUCUAAUUUUCCAUCAACAAGAGGAAUUAGAGUGAUGAAAUGUCCAAAUAAUCCAUUGAUAAUUGGAGAGUUGAAACUUUCAGAAGAGCUUUAUCAAUUUUCAAUAAUCCCUUAUACAGAGUUAUAAAUUGAAAAUUAGGUUGUCACAAAAGAAACUAUUUUGAAUAAUUUUAGCAGAAUAUACAUACCAUGUAAAGAAUGUCGAAUCAAACAUUAUUAUACUUUUAUUCUUCCAUUAAGAGAGCCCUUAAAAUAUGAAGCAUAAAGGGCAGCUUAAACAUAAUUUAAUAGAGUUCAUGAUAAGGUGUUAUAUGCAAAAUGGACUUAAGAAGAUAAGGAGAUGCUAAAGAAAUUGAUUCUAUAAUUUGGAUAUGGGAGAUGGAACAAAUUAUAACAAUUAAAGUUUGCAAACAGGACUAAAUAAGAAAUAAAAGCAUUUGCAAAUUCACUUUUAAGAUCAAUAGUUGAAUUAUUGGUAAAUUAUGAUUUAGGUGCAGGAAUAGUUAAUUUAAUCGAAGAAAAUCCAGAUGAUCCUUAUAUUGAAACAAAUCAAAGUAUUAAUAAUUUUAAUAUAAUAUUAUAGAGGAUUGGGAAUUGCAGAAUCUAAAAUAAAAGUUAAUAUCUAUUAGUAAGAGAAUUUUGAUGUUGGCAAAAAUUAGAGAGUUUAUAAAAAAGUUUAAGGAACAUCAAUUAAAAAAUUUAGGAAUCAAAGAUAAAUCAUAAUGUAUAAAUAAAUACUAAUAAAUAGUAAAAUGGGAUUAUCUAUUGGGAUUUAUUCCAAGUAGUUCUUUUUAUUCAUAGAGACCAUCUAUAUGGUGGACAAGAAAACAUGAUAGUGAUCUAAUUAGGGGAGUAUAUCAAUAUGGAUAUACAAAUCAUUUAAUGAUAAAGGAAGCUAGUGAUUUAUGUUUUAAAGAUUUAUCUACAUGUAUACUAGAUUAUAAGAUUAAUUUUAGCUCAAAAUUAUUAAGAAUUUCCAUUUCCAGAAACAUUAAAUAAAAGAGUAAAGAAAUUAGUUUAAAUAAUAUAAAAAUUUGAUGGAUUUUAUGAUUUUGAUAAUUUGGCUUAGAGUGAUGAUGAAGAAGAGAAAUCAUGGUCUAUUGCUGAAAAGUAAGCUUUAUUUAAUUUAUUGUGUGAUUAUGGUGUACCUAUUGGUGUAGAUGGUAGAUAAAAUUGGUAAGAAUUAAAGGAUAAAUUGAUACUUAAGAUUAAUAAAUUUGAUAAGAAUUUGAAUCAAUUAGAAAAAAUGGUUUAAACAAUAAGAACUAGAUGUGAAUAAAUGUUAAUGAAACAUAAAGAGAGAGAAUUUUUAGAGAGUGAUUCAAGUGAACUUGAAAUUGAAUAACCUCCAUCUUCUAUUGGAGAAAUUAGAGAUGAAUAAGGAGAUGAAUUCUAGAUUUCAUAUUAAGACAGUUAAAAGUUUAGUAAAUAAACAAAUAUGUUACAUUUUAUUAGAAAGAAUAUACUACCAUAAAAUUAAGCAUUAUUUUAAUAACAUAUUUAAUAAGUAGAAAAAGAAUUAUUUAUUGAUAUUCCUGAAUAUGAUCCUAAAAUUCAUGAUAUUCAAAUUAUUAUUACACUAUCUUAAACUGGAUUUAAUGGACUUUAGCCUAUUACACUUAAUAAUAUCAAUAUUAUAAUGACAACUGAAUAAAUACUCAAUAGAAUUGAAUAAUUAUGUUCAUUUUUUAAGAAAAUUAGAGAUCAAACUAAUAUUAAAAGAAAACCAGAAUUAAAAGAUGAUUAAUAAAAAAAAAUAAAACCUAAUACUAAUGGAGGAGUAAAUGAAAUCUAAUUACCUUAUUAAGUUAGUACUAGUCUAAAAUUAGUAAGUCUUGGUAGAAUCAUUCCAAGUCCUGCAUAUCAUAGUGAACAUAAUCUAUUUCCAGUAGGAUAUAAAAGUAUUAGAACACAUGCAAGUAUGUUUACAAAAGGUAAAAGAUGUUAAUACACUUGUGAAAUCUUAGAAGGUAGUGAUGGUAAACCUUUAUUUAAAGUAACUAGUGAAGAAGAUGUUGAAAAUCCAAUAAUUAAAAAUAGCUGUACUGGUUGUUGGGUAUAAAUAUAAUUUUAUUUAUUAGGUUCAUAUUUAUAAUAAGAUUAAUGAAUUAUAGGAACAUAAAAAAUCUAAGGUUACAAUUAGUGGCACAGAUAGAUUUGGAUUAUUAGAGGCCAAUGUAUAAAGAUAUUUGGAGGAAUUAUAAAAUGCAGAAUUAUGUUCUAAAUAUAAGUUUAAAUAUAGAAAUGUUACAUAAGAUUUUUGA